AUGCCCACUGCCCCUAACAUAAACGCUACUGUCUAUGCCCGUCGUCAUUUCACCACCGCUCUCAACGUGCAGCUUACGACCGACAGACAAGAUGCCCAAGAAAGUCUCAUCCUUUACUUCUACGACGGUGCGAGCGAUACAGUUUUAGGUGUCAGUAACUGCCAUGUGCUUUGCAAGAAUACCAACACUACUUACGAGUUCGAAGGAGACGCACCGAAGAGGUGGGUUCGAGUCAAUAGAAUACGUCAAUUUCAGCAAGACCUGGACAAUAUUAGAGCCGAUAUCGAUGCUCGCCGGGUUCGCACCGACAUUCAAUCCAAGACUAUUGCCAAGCUGGAGGUGAUUGGGACCCAGACCGAGCAGGAGCAGAAAAAGCUCCGCAAAAUUCAAAGGGCAUUGAUCGAUGAGCAAGAGAGUAUCAUUGAGCUUGAGGCUUUGUACAACGAGGUCAAGAAUAGUUGGGAAGAUAUCGGGAAUCGCAACAUCGGCCACCUGCGCUAUGUCAAAGCCUCCUCCGUUGACUCUCAAGGUGGCACCCUCUAUACUGAAGACUGGAAGUUCAAAGGCGUAUUUGAGGGUAACUACGUGGAUCUAGACCCAACCGUUUCUCUCGCUGUCCUGAUUGCGAAGAUGAAUGCUCAAGGCGACCCUUCAUCGGCUUUUGAAUACCCUGACGAUCGGAAGCACUGGAUCAAGAGCGUUGUCUCUAAAGAGGACCAGGCCCGUCCUGUCUUGGAUCAUAACGAUAAAUCAUCGUAUAUCGUUGGCAAAGAUGGUACCACGACCGGUCGCACGUUUGGACACUAUUCGGGCCUGGAGUCAUUCAUUUGCGAUGAAAGUGGCAUUGAGUCCGUCGAACUCGGAGUCUACAACUGGGAUCCGCAGUCUGGCGUAUUCUCUGACAAGGGAGACUCGGGCGCACUUAUCUGGGACAGCCUUGGUCGUAUCUUUGGUUAA